AUGCCUGCCACUCUGGAGCCUAUCAAGGCGUUCGCAUGCACCUUCGCUGACUGUGCAGCUUCUUUCGACACCGAAAAGAAGCUCAUCAGUCACAAGAAGAACUCUGAUGAGCACGAUUACUGCUACAAGUGCAAUCUGGACUUCGGUUCCUAUGACGACCUUGCUCGUCACAAGGCAUUCGCACCAGACAAGCACAAUAGGGCGUGCCGCAUCUGUGGCGAGGAGUUCAAGAGCAUUUCAGGGCUUAAGCGACACACUGAACUGUCUCACAAGGUCAAGCAAAAGCUGCCUUGCAUCGGAUGUAAUGAAGAAUUCCCUGCUCCUGCAAUGUUGAUCGAGCAUCUGGAGUUUGGUCAUUGCGAAGUCAUCAGUGCGCAACAGUUUAUGGGUCAUGUGAUUCACAAGCACCUCGUGGUUAAGCUUCUCGAUAGCGGUGACGCACACGACCGCUUCAUGCAGAAGAUCUCGCAAUACGAUGCGGCACUAGAUCACGAGGACGGCGGCGGUGUUGGCGUUGAGAAUUAUCUAGAAGAGGAGCACGACGAAGCGAAGGCCGUCAGUCACCCAGCCAUCCAGCCUGAGUACGCCCAGGAUGCCGUUCAUCAAACUGGCGGUUGGCCUACCCUUGCGCAAGGCAGGAAUGCCAGCGGAUCAUCCAGCCUCACUUCAGGCAUGGAUCGGAUGUCGUUGAGGGGUGCCGAUUCAGACACGAUCAUAGGUUCAAGCAGCAACACGAUCGAUGGGUCUGCAGCGCCAUCACAAGGCUCCAAACAUCAGGUGAACAUGUGGGGUGGACGUUCUGCGAAGAAAUUGUUCCCGCAAGCCAAACCUACACCAGCGGCUACGAAAGAAUUCACCAUCGAGGCGAUCGAUAAGCAAGACGAAGAACAACACGGAGCUAAUAUCUUCAAGACUCGGUUCUGGGAUCCUUUGGCAAAGGAGUAUAACCCAAACAGGUUCUGGAACGGGGUUAUCGAGAAAUAUCUCUGUCCGUUUAUGUGCGAGCAGGUAUUGGCAAACGAAGCAGAAAUGCGUGAUCACAUCCUCGUAGCACACCGCGUCUCGCGUGCGAAGUGUCCAUAUUGCCUCAAGUACUUCGACAGCGUGACAGCGCUUAUGUGUCAUUGCCAGUCGCGCGGAAGCAAAUGCCAGGUCAACAAGGCUGACAAAUUUGGGGACUUCCUGAACAGACUGACGGGCGGUUUUCUCACUGUCGAAGAGAAGGUCCGGCCCGACCACAUUCAGAAUGAGACGGUUGAGGUUUGGAAUGCAGAGACACAGGAAAUGGAGAAGUACACGCCACCGACGGUGAAGUAUCUGGAAUACAGGUCCAGCAAGCCUGUGGACUGGAAGGAGCCUACGAGGGUCGCAGCGCAGAUUGGUGGUGGCAGCACCACGGGCACCUUCAACUACAGGAAUCAGCAGUCCCAGUGGUAG